UUAAUUUAAACUAGCCGUUAUUCAAACUAGCCGUUAUUCAAACCAUUAUAUAUACUACCACUUAUGUCAUUGUUCUCUCAUUCUCAUCUUAUUCUUCUCAUUUUUCUCUCAUUCUUUACUCACUAAAUGGAUUCAGACAAUUCAGAUAAUUACGAUCAAGAAUUUUGGGAGUUGGUUGAAGAAGAAUUUAUGGACGACAGUGAUGAAGAACAACAACUUCAGAAUGAACGUCGAUCUGGAAGUUCCUCUAGGCCAAAGAGAAGAACAACGGUAGAUCGAGGUCGUGAAGAAGGGCACAAUCGAUUAUUCAAUGACUACUUCUCGGAAAAUCCAGUAUACACAGAUGUUCAAUUCCAAAGAAGGUUCAGAAUGCAUAGGCAUGUAUUUCUUCGAAUUGUAGAUGCCCUUGGAAAUCAUGAUGAAUAUUUCCAAAUGAGGGUCGAUGUAACUGGUAAAAUGGGUCUUUCACCAUUGCAGAAAUGUACAUCUGCUAUUCGUAUGCUGGCGUAUGGGUCUCCUGCUGACCUUGUAGAUGAAUAUGUUCGAAUCGGUGAAAGCACUUCAAUUGAGUGCUUAGAAAUAUUUGUUAAGGGUGUCAAUGUUGUAUUUGGCGCUGAGUAUUUGAGAAAGCCUAACAACACUGAUGUUGAACAUCUUUUACGAAUGGGAGAGUCACGUGGCUUUCCAGGUAUGUUGGGUUCCAUCGAUUGUAUGCAUUGGAUAUGGAAAAAUUGUCCUGUUGCAUGGAAAGGACAAUUUUGUCGAGGUGAUCAUGGUAAGCCCACAAUCAUGCUUGAAGCAGUGGCAUCACAAGACUUAUGGAUUUGGCAUGCUUUUUUUGGUAUUGCAGGUUCAAAUAAUGACAUUAAUGUGCUAAACCAAUCCAACGUGUUUAACGAUAUUUUGGAAGGACGUGCUCCCAAUGUGCAAUAUACAAUCAAUGGGACACCAUAUAAUAUGGGGUAUUAUUUAGCAGAUGGUAUAUAUCCCGAGUGGGCUACAUUUGUCAAGACUAUUUCAAUGCCACAGGGAGAAAAGAAAAAAUUAUUUGCUCAACAUCGAGAAUCGGCUAGAAAAAAUGUGGAACGAGCAUUUGGAGUGCUUCAAUCUCGAUUUGCAAUUAUACGUGGCCCAGCGCGUGCCUGGCACAUGGACACUCUCAAGCAUACCAUAUAUGCCUGCAUCAUAUUGCACAACAUGAUUGUGGAAGAUGAACGACAUACAUAUGGAGGUAAUUUUGAUUACUCUUAUGAUAAUGUGGAUAUCAAUAACUCAACAACUGAAACAUUUAGCGGUCCUCAUCCGAAUCUUGCAACAAGACAACAAAGAAGAGCAAGUAUUCAAGAAAAACAAGUUCAUCGUAAACUUCAAGGAGAUCUAGUCGAAUAUAUUUGGGAACGUUUUGGACAUGAAGAUGAUGAAAUUUAA